AUACGCCGUGAACUUGAAUGAUAAAUUAGUAAAUAUCAUCGGCAGCCAAUUCAUAGGGUCCUGCUUGGUACUGUGUUGCCUGCUCCUUCGUUUAACAAUAGCAGCUACUAAUAAUGUCGAAAACAUAAUGUGCAUAGGUUGCGCGUUAAUGCCGACCUUCUCCUACUGUUGGUUCGGAAAUGAAGUGAAACUAAAGAGUAUGGAAUUGUCGGAAAAUAUUUACAAAAUGGAAUGGCCGGAUUACAAUAACAACGUAAAGAAGAGUAUCUUGAUUAUUAUGAAUCGCGCGACUCUAAUACCCAUAAAAUUCACCAGUGCAUAUAUCAUUCCUCUGAAUCUCGAGACUUUCGUGACGGUCAGUCUAACAAGUUGGUCAC